UAAAAAAUAAAAUUAAUAGAUAAUUGUAAAUGAAUGAGGAUGAAAUCAAACAAAUUUGAGAAAAUUCUCGUCUGUAUUAGAAACCGGAGAUAUAGACGGUGUAUUUUCGAAAACUCCUACCGUGGCAGCAGCGUACCUGCAGGAAAGUGGUUCCGCCGCAACGUGUCGUCGGCUGCCAAAUAGAAAAAGACCAUGUAAACAGUAAUAUUUCUUUUCUGUCAACUGUGAUCUGUGAUUGCCAGGGAAAGAUAGAAAGGGUUUUUUGAAAACAGAGCGCCUUUGGUAAAUUACCAAAUGUUAACAAAACUACUAAUGUGAUAUUCGAUGACAUCAAAGCUAUUAUAUUAUAACGGUGUUGUCAGCGGAGAUAAAGAGAAUACAAUCAGAAACGAAUAGUAGUAGUAGUAAUAGUGGCGGUAUUCAGGAUACUGACGCUACUACUGUUGGUUGUUUUUAGAGAGACCAAGUUAGUCCAACUUGUUAUACGGGAGGCAGUUCAGGUCGUUUACUUCUGUCAACUGGGGCCGGCAUUGAAACUCUCACUCUCUCUCUCUCUCUUAUUCCUCUUUCUCUCACGCAUACAUCUGACCCCUCCUCCUUAAACGUUGAAGUAGUUGGCAUUCAACCUGUGUGUAUGUACGCGAGAAAGAAAGAACAAGAGAGAGUGUGUAUAUAACAGAAAGAGGCGAAGGUAACAACAACACUAACCAAAGUGGGGUCGAAAUCAGUUAACAUCCAUUCCUCUCUGCUUUAGUGGUCGGAUUAAGUACUCAGCAGCAGAAACUUAAGUCAAAAAACUUAUGGAGCUCUCAUCUGUCUUACAUGUCUAAUAUAGAAGUUUUGUUUUACAGCUAGUUGAAGCUGGACAUGGACACUUGAAGAUUCAUCCAACUUAUGUCAUCAGGAGAAAAUGGGCUUUAAACUGAUGAGAUGCUAAUGAUGAUAACCACUGAAUGUGAGCUGAAGGUGCAGGAGUGGAAAAUAUUAAAUAUAUUAUUUGAGCUAUAUAAAAGCUGUGCCGUCGAAAGAAGCAACAUAUUACACAGUCUUCUGGUGUUCACCAACGUUUUUUAAUCCAGAAAAUGACGAGUGUUGGCUUCAUUCGAGUCAAACUUGUCCAGGUGGUCAAAGGGUCUGGUUUGGCUGAUGCAAACAAAAAUGAUGUAUUGGAUACCUACAUAGCAGUCAAUGUCAAGGAAGCUCUCUCAGGUAACAAACUGAUUCAAAAGAAGAAAACAUUGUACCCUUACUGGAAUGCCUGUUUUGAUGCCCAUCUUUAUGAUGGGCGAGUUAUUGAGAUGGUCCUCAUGGAACGGCCUUCUCAUUUUCUUGCUAAUGUCAGUGUCAAAGCUAAACACUUAGCUGAUAAAUGUCAUACGAAUGGUGGAGAAGCAACUUUUUGGCUUAAAUUGGAACCACAAGGCCAGUUACAGCUCCAAGUUCGGCACUUUCCUGAAAAAGAUGGAGUCACUGUAAAUCAAAGUAGCUUGACAAGGGGUCAAGAUGGACCAUGUGCUGGUGGAAUCGCCCGACGCCGUGGUGCAAUCAAGCAGCAGAAAGUACAUGAAGUAAAUGGACAUGAAUUCAUAGCCAAAUUCUUCAGACAACCUACAUAUUGUUCGUUUUGCAGUGAAUUUCUAUGGGGUUUGAAAAAGCAAGGAUAUAAAUGCAAAGUUUGUAACUGUGCAGUGCAUAAGAAAUGCCAUGACAAAAUUCUGGGUCGCUGUCCACGCAGUGCUGUCAAUAGCCGAGAAACAAAAAUGCUUACAGAGAGAUUCAAAAUCGAUGUACCCCAUCAAUUCAAAGAUAACAAUUACAUGACUCCUACAUUUUGUGACCACUGUGGUACCUUGUUGUAUGGUAUCAUUCGACAAGGUCUCAAGUGUCAGUCAUGUGGAAUUAAUGUUCACAAAAAAUGCAAGCAGUAUGUAUCUAACUUAUGUGGAAUUAAUCAGAAGAUGCUUGCAGAAGCCUUACAUAAUGUUCGAAAAUCAGGAGCCCCUAAGAAAACAUCUCUUGUGAAAGGGAAGCCAGAGGGAUCAUCACCAAAAACCGCUGGUGAGGACUCUGAUUCUGAUGAGUAUAUGCGUUGGGAUGAGAUGAUGUCCUCAGGAAAGAAAUAUAAACUGGAAGAAUUCAACUUAAUUCAAGUAUUAGGCAAAGGAAGUUUUGGCAAGGUUAUGUUGGCAGAACUGAAAGAAUGCCAUACUUACUAUGCUAUAAAAGCUCUUAAAAAAGAUGUAGUAUUGGAGGAUGAUGAUGUUGAAUGUACAAUGAUUGAACGGAGAGUUCUUGCACUUGGUGCACAACAUCCAUUUUUAACACAUUUAUUCUGUUCUUUUCAAUCAGAGUCACACCUUUUCUUUGUGAUGGAAUAUCUAAAUGGUGGUGAUUUGAUGUUCCACAUCCAGAAAGCCGGCAGAUUUAGUAUCCAGCUUGCCAUGUUUUAUGGCGCUGAGAUUGUUUGUGGUUUACAGUUUCUACAUUCCCGAAGUAUAGUGUACAGAGAUCUCAAAUUGGAUAAUGUGAUGCUUGAUAAAACUGGCCAUAUCAAAAUUGCUGAUUUUGGCAUGUGUAAGGAGGGAAUAGAUGAUAGGAACAAAACGAACACAUUCUGUGGAACACCAGAUUAUAUAGCACCAGAAAUUUUACAUGGACAAAAGUAUGGUAUUUCUGUGGAUUGGUGGUCAUUUGGUGUACUCUUAUAUGAGAUGCUGAUGGGGCAAUCACCCUUCCAUGGAGAUGAUGAAGAUGACCUUUUCCAGUCCAUUUUGUAUGAUGACCUUUUCUAUCCUCGGUGGCUACCUCCAGAUUCAUUCAGAUGUCUUAGUGGGUUACUUGAACGUAACCCCAUCACUCGGUUAGGGAUGCCUGGCUGCCCACAAGGUGAAAUCCGGAACCAUCCAUUCUUCAAACCUAUUGAUUGGGAGAAAUUGGAGAGACGAGAAAUAGAACCUCCUUUUAAGCCACGAGUGAAAUCUGAUUCUGAUUCUACCAAUUUUGACAAAGAAUUCACUUCGGAUGUGGCUAAAUUGACACCACCAGACAAGGAAUUGUGUAAAACAAUAGAUCAAAAGAUGUUCCAGAAUUUCAGUUUUACUGCUUAAAAACAUUGCUAUCCUCUAAACCAAUGUCUUUAUUUUCAAUUUUUUUAAAUAGUUUUCUCAAGGAGCAUCCCUCUUAAUAAACAUCAAAGUGUUUACCUUUUUGUAUCCCAAUCUCUGUGCUAGCCUCAAAUUUAUCCUCAACUCAACCAUUCCUCUUAAUUAAUUAACACAAUAAUAUUUUGACCUUGAAGAAGUAAAGUGACAAAGGUUUGGGUGAUAUGAAGCAAUAAACAAUUUUGAUUUGUCUUCACAAUACAUACACAAAUAUUCUUGAUUCAAUUUAGUUUUUCAGCUUCUUCGGGAAAACCCCCCCCACAAAAAAUGAACAAACCCUCUCUUGAUGUGACAGAGAGAAUCUUUGGUAUCUUAUUUAAUACUAUUAACACAUUUCAUGUCUCAGAUUACUUUUUCAAUGUUGAUGCUCGUGAAUUGCAGUAUUUGUAAUGUUCAUCAAUAUCACCACAAUGCUUUUUAUAUGUCAUCACUUCUUUAAAAAAAAGAAAAGAAAAAAAUAAAUUUUAAAACUUGUUUAAGAAGAUGAUGUUAAAAUGAUGAUUAAAAAUCAUUGUUCUCUGCAUGAAGUGAUUUCAAAUAUAGCUGAUGGAAUUUCUCAUCAACUUUUACAAUGUCAUUUUCUCCAUAUUGGAGUAUCCCCAAAAAAAAAGAAAAGAAAAAAAAGCAUUGUGCCCAUUCUUUAACUGUCUUCAUUUUGUAAUCUGAUUAUUUUCACUGUUUAAAGAAAUUCAGCUGUGAUUUUUUUUUUCCCCCCACCCCAAAUUAAAUUUUUAAAAAAUGAAACCGUAUUCAUUAACAUCCUCUUUAUAAAUUGUCUGUUGCCUUAGUUCAGUUUCUUUGUAUGUCCCUCAAUUUUAAUCAAUAACAGUUAUACAUGCUUUACUCAGUGAAACACAAAAUGGUAUGUUUUAUUCAGCUAUCAAUAUGGGGGAUAUUUUGUUCUCUGCCCCCGCCGCUCUCUCUCUCCCUCUUUGUUUUUGUUUUUCUUUUUUUUUAAAAGCUUUUGUAUCCAAUGUGGAAGGGACAAAUUGGUUUUAUUUGUUUUUCUUGGAUUCAACUCACCUUUUAAACUUGAAAGGAAGUCAGUAUGUGUUAGCUUGUGACUACUGCAAUUGUCAGCCACCUGGCCUGCAAUACAAUAUGUUUGCCUCUUGUUGCUUACGACUAUUCCCUCUGUGUGCUUAGCAUUGCUCUUAUUAAACCUGUGUAACCCCCUUUUUUUUUUUCACCCCUUUGUUUUAAAGUAACUUGUAUAUAAUGCAUACUCCUGCACAUCACUCUAAUUUUAAAUUAGUGGUGAGGAGAUCUAAUAUCGAUAUUAAACUACAAAAAGUGAAAGAAGGAACUUUUUAAGUCAACAAUAUCAUAUUAAAAAAUAAAAAAAGAUUGCUUUUCUUUUCAAGCCUUAAUUUUCACAAUAAUUCUAUGUGUUCUCUUUUAUUUUGUUUAUCUUGGGUUGUUACUGCCUUCUAUUUGUUGGUUUGCAGACAAUCACCUUUUCAUGGUUUGCAAAAGAAAUGUAUAUGACUGGAUAUGCAUGUAUGUGUGAAUGAAACUCUCAUAAGCCCCAUCCCAGCCCAAUCUCCAUUUGAAAUAUGUACAGACACAUUCAUAUUUAGUUUGCUUGUCCAUUUUUAUGUCAGCAUACCAUCCACAACUAUUGGCCAUUUAUCUGUGCCUUGAUCUGUCAAACCAUAUUAUUAUCACCACCUGUCUUAUUAUUUUCUUCCCAAAUAAAUUGGAGCUAUUUCAUGUCCCCUUUGGAAUAUUAUUUGAAAAAAAAAUGUGAAAUUAGUUUUGAGAUCCUAUAUUUGUGCUGUGGGAGGUGAAAAAAAAAUGAAAAAAAAAAUGUUAUGUUGGUUGCAAGGGAAUGUUAAUAUAAAAUUUGUGCAUUCAAAUAUAUUGUUCAGAAUUGGUGUUUUUGAAGCUCUUACACAAUUUCAAUAAAUUAUAUCUUCAAUUAAAACCAACUUUUCACAUGGACAUACAUACAUCUGUGAAAAGAAUGCACUAAAGAAUAAAAGCUUCAACUCCAAUUUUGACGUAAAAACACUGUUCCUUAUAAAAACAGUACUGAAUUUUCAGCUGGUAACUUUAAUAUUCAAUAAUGUCUCAUCAAUAUUUUGCUUGCCAUCAACAACCACUGCUGCUGCCAACAACAAAUGCUGACAGGUACUGUAAAAAUCAGAAUAUUAUUUGCACAAACUUUUAAGUUUCACUAUUUCACGCUAACUGGUGCCAUACGUUCUAUGGUAUCAUUAUUUUAUGAAUAAGUGAGGGAACAAGAUAUCACACUUCGCUUGCACCCAGUGGUCAAUAUUGUCCUCAUAAAUUGUUUCCUUAAAAUUUAGCUAUUCUACUGAAAAUAGAACAAAAGUGUGCAUGCAUGCACCACAUGCCUAACACACACAUACAUACUUAUGCACUUCUUGUGUGAUUCUGGAAAGGCAUGAAAUGUUUUUUCAAUUUUACACCCCAGUACAUCAUAGAGAAUAUUAAACUUGAGUGAGCAGUAUUUUACAUAUGCCUUCAUCUACCAAACUACAUAUUGCAACUAGAAAUAUUCAACUAUAAUAAGUUGAAAUAGGGUGUAGUGAAAUAAUGUGACUUCUGUUUAUCAUUGCUGAUAUUUAAGGACCGAAUAUUAUGUUAGAUUUUCUAGACUGGCAAUAUUUUUCGUUUUUCUACAAUUAUUUUUUAAACUUUUGUCCUGUGCAUUCAUUAAGAAGCAGAUAGAUACAUAGCAGCUUCUAGUAAAAGAAGACAAAAUGGUUCUGAUAAUUUAUAUAUUUCCAAAACGGUUUAGCAAAAUUAAUUUGACUUGAAAUGUAUUGAUUCUUUAAAUCUUUUACUUUAAUGGAUGCAGGGGGAAGAUUUACCUAUAAUUUUUUUUUCUUUUUUUAAGCAGGGGAAAAAACUUUGCUUGGUGAAUAUCUAAAAUUGUCUUCCAGUGUGUUCCUGGUUAAGAAAAGGGGACUUUGUUUGAUAUGUAUCAAAACUGCUGAUGUAUUUUAUGUUUAGGAAUGUUUCGUUUCUAUCUUUUUAACAAAACUAUAUAUAUAUAUACAUAUAUUUGCAUAUAUAUAUACAUAUAUAUAUAUUGGUAUCAAUGGUUUAAAAAUUGAUUUGAAGAUUUUUAUACAAUUUUCUUCUUUUCUGUUUUAGUUUGCGGUGUCUUAUUCAACCAACAAUUUUCAAAUUUGUUGGACAAUCUUUUUCCCUUUUUUCUUUUUAAAGAAAAUUUUUAUAACGUUAACAUUUUGAAAAGAAUUUUCAAAACUGAUUCUUUUUUUUACUUCCUUAGGUUCCCCAAACAUGAUAUGGUAUAUCCCUAGGUUCUAUAUAACGCUAAAAAUGCACAAACUUUUGAGACUUAUUCCUUCAUUAGUUAGGUUUUUUUUUUUUGAAGACAGAUCUGUUCAUUCACUGUUCCAGUAUCAUGGAGACAAAAUUUCUAUUCUAUUCUCACUGUCCUAGUACAUUUAAGAUGGAUCUUUUCUUGUUCCCUCAAUAUAUAUGACUUUAAGAUAUGUUGUAUUCUUAAUGUCUUGGUUCAUUUGUGACACUUAUUUGAAAGUGCAUUAAAAAAUGGAUCGAUUGGUACCAUAAUUCCUCACAUCUGCUAUUCUCUAAGAUAGCUGUUUUGCUGAACUGUUGUUACUGUCAUAUGUUUAAGACGAACCUGUUUCUUUCAUUCAGUGUACAAUGGAUUUUGAGAUAAUUUACUACUGCAGUCUCACUAUCUCAAUUUGUUUGAUACUGAACCCUAUUAAUAUUGUACUUUUAGUGCUCCCAGUUUUAUUGACAGUCCAAUUGUUAAUACCUGCAGUUUAUCUGAGGCACUUAAUCCAUUUCCCUGUCUCAAUGUAUUUAGAACUGUACUUAAUCUAAUAUCUUAACAUACUUGAUGCAGUAUAUAUUAUUAAUCAAUGCCACAGUAUUUAAGAGAGCUUGUUUUAUUUUUAACCAUUAUUAAAAUGAUACUUACCUAAACAGAUAUAUUUUAUUGUGCCAGCUCUACUCUAAAACACUUGAGUCAGUCCUGUAUUCUGUCAUCAAUGACUUAGUGUAGUCAAGAUACUGAAUAUCGUACUUUAAACGCCCCAAUACAUUUAACCUAUAGCUAUUGUUAUAGGCCCUAUAGCUUUAUGUUUUAAAAAUCAAUUGUUCUUACAUCCCUAAUAAUGAUUUAUUUGGUACAGGUUUUUGUCCCAAGGCAUUAAAAACAAUGUUUUUUUGUGUUUUCAAUGUCUUAAGCAUUUAUGAUAAACCUUUUUCUAUUUUCCAAUGCUCUAGCCCUAUUUAUUGCUCUUGUUUUAUUAUAUUGUCAAUGGCCCACCCACAGUCUAUGGAGCAAAGUGUUUAUUGACCCUGCAAUGUCCGUAUUUUUGAAAUGGUCCUGGUGUUUCAAUAAACCUAUGGAAUGUUUAUGCUUUUGCGCCCUCAAUCCCUCUCUGUGUUGAUGACAAUAUAUUAAAGUUUUUGAAUUGCAUGAUGGAUAAAAUCAUAGUGAUCAGUAUAUAAAUUCAAGAAAAAAAAACUUCAAUGAAAUUUUGUGUGGACAUAAGUGUGUUUUUUAAAAAUACUUUUUGGUCAAGGUUUUUUUAUAUAAGGAAGAAAAUCUAAACUUGCAAACUUCAUGUUCAAGUAUUGUUUACUGUAAAUAUAUAUUCUGUAAAUCCUUUUGAUAGACAGUAAAAUUCUUACAUCAAUUUUGAAUUCAACAUGCCCUUCAGAUAUUUAUAAAUGUAGCAUAUGAAUAAGGGUACAAAUUGCCUUGAUCAGCUGAAAGAUAAUCCUGCAAACCAAAAUUGUAUGGAUGAUAUCAAAAUAUACUGAUCCAAAGAAGGCAAGCAUGGAUCUACAAAAUGUACAGUUACAAGUUAUGGCAGUCUUGAAUAAAUGUAACUUCUGAUUCAGAUAAACAGGUAAAAGUGAUUGCAUAUUAUAUUUGGUAAACUUUAAAAAAAUAUUUUUGUAUGUUAUAAUAAUUAAGAAAUAAAGUACAAAGCAAGUAAACUGUAGUUGAAAUAACUUGUAAAAGAUUUUCCUCUAAUCUUUUAAUGUUACCAUAGUUUAAAAUUACAACAUAUUACAACAUAUAUAUAAUUUUCUUCAAAUUUUAUAGAAAUUCAAAGCAUGUAAAAUGAUUUAGCUUCUACUGACUAUUACAUAUAGCAACUAUUUUCAGAUAUAGAUGUACUGAACUUUCACUAUUACAAGUUACUCUAAUACCUCUCUCUCUCUCUUUCUCUCUCUCCCCCUUUCUCAGUUUUUGUUUCUGAAAUUAAACCAUGUAUUCUUUUGUCUGAUAACUAAUACUUAAAGGGAUUAUUUUUUUUCACUAAUUAAAUUAGAAUAUUUGACCAUUUUUGUGGCAAAGUAUGUUUUGAUUUCAUUCAAAAAUAUAUACAUUUAAUAUAUAUAGUUUCAUACAAAGUUUAUUUAAAAUUAAUUUUCAUCUUUUAAGACUUCUAUGAGGUUUUAAUUCUCCCUCUCUCCUCCCACCUCAGUACGCAAAUAAAUUUCAACAUUGAUAUACAUCUUAUAAAAAGGAUGCAAAUGGCUAAACCUGUAAAAAUGAAGUAAUAUUUUAAAAAUAUAGACCUAUUGUUCAUUUUUUUUUUUUUGUUUAAGUUCUUUUAGUUAUUUUCCUGAAAACUAAGAUUUUACAUUACACACACACACACAUACUCACACACGUAUAUAAUGUAUAUAUCAGUAUGUAUAAAAUGAUGUAACUUACCUUUUCCUUUUUUUAGCUGACCAUCAAGACCAGAUUGUAUUUGUAAAAACAAAUUUGUCCACUCCUGAUGACCUGUAUUCCCAUCAUGCAUCACUAUUCUAAAAGAUUUAAUCUCUAAUGCAUACUUUCCCUUCACUUCUUUCCUUAUCAUAUUCCAUUUGUCAGCCACAAUUCCAUCAAAAUGUUUAUGCCACACUUUAAGUUUCUGAACUUCUCCCAUUCACUUCACACCACCACAAGCCCUGUCAUUGCCACAGCUAUAUCCACAAGCAGAAGACACUUGGACAUCUUUCAGGGAAUAUGUCGGGUAUUUCAAAAUUCUAACAACUUUUAUAUAUAAAAAAAUAAAAAAUUGAAAUAAAAAGAAAUGUCAAUUUUUUUUAAUUGUAAUAAAUACUUGAAAAAAUUUA